AUGGAAGAAUUCUUCCAAUAUGAUUUCACCACCCCAUUUUUUCCGGCGGUCCGUAGAAGCAGCAGCGCUUUCAUCCCCUAUAAUCACCGGACCAACUUACCAAGGCUCACCGACGGCAGCCGGAUUAAUGUGAAUCGCAGAAUGGUGGAGUUCUUGAGGAGGACAUGGAGUUCGCCGGAGCCGGCGCCGGCGGAAAUGGAGGUGAGAGAAAGGGGUUAUAAGCAUAUGAUUAAUGAAAGGAUUAGGAGAGAGAAACAAAAGGAAAGCUAUUCCAACCUUCUUGCUCUUUUACCCCAUGGAACAAAGAAUGAUAAGAACACGAUCGUACAAGUGGCGGCGAAAGAGGUUGUGGAGAUGGAGAAGCUUCGGCGGGAGAUGGAAGAUCGAAACAAAGAGUUGGAGGAGCGUUUGGCUAAUUAUAAGAGAUCGUCGAUGACGUCAUUUUCAGGGGAUGAAGUCGCCGGAGAAGAAUAUAAGAAGAUUAUGUUGAAAGUGGAGAAUCUUUCUUCAUCUUCUUCAGGUGUUAAUUAUAUAUUGGAAGUGCUUAGAUAUUUAAAGAACAAUGGAUUCAAGACUAAAUCUAUUCAAUCCAGUUUCUCUAACAAUCAGAUUUCAGCUCUUCUUCAUAUCCUAAUUUCACAGGACAAGGAUUGGAAAGAAGCACAAGCAGCAAUAGAGGCUGUACAGCAGACAUUGAUUCAAGUUGAAAGAGGAUAA